AUGGGUAUUUUCUGUUGCUGUCUUCGAGUUCCGAAUCUCGGUGAUGAAUCUCGAAGCGUUCCCAGUAUCAGAGCCUUCAGCUGCCCAAUAGCCAAUAACUUUCUCCCCAAGUACGAGCAACUAUCUCGAGACCUCGAAAGAGGUGAAAUUUCCUCUGUCGUGGAGGACGAAGAAGACGUUUGUCCGACAUGUUUCUAUGAGUACAUUGAGGAUAAUCCGAAGAUAGUUCUACAAUGUGGACAUAUCUUUCACCUUUCCUGCAUAUAUGAAUGGAUGGAGAGAAGUGAAGCUUGUCCCUUUUGUUCCAAGGCAAUGCUUUUCUUGGAUGGUGAAAUUACAGAGGUGGUGGAGGAAUGA